GCUCAUCGGUUGGAGUUGGGCUCAUCUGUUGCGGUUCGCCUCAUCUGUUGCGGUUCGCCUCUUCGAUGCUUUUUUUCGCUCGGUUCGUUCGGUGUGAAAAAAAGCGCGAAAUUCCACAAAAAUGGAGAAGCUCAUGUCGGUGAAGAAUUGUCUAAAACUCGUGCAGUUGCUGCCGGCGCCGGCUAUGGCCCCUGCUUUACAGUUGCAGCAGGUGCGCCAUCGGCAGACGAAACACUGGAAGCCGGAGUUCAAACGGUUGCGCAAGCAGAAAUUCGUCAAGAUUGACCUGCCCAAUUUUCGGGAAAAGGCAGAGGAUAUUAGCAAGGAAGAGAUGCGGAGUCGAAUGAAGGAACGGGGUGUGCUUCCACCUCGACCCUGGAUGGAACGGCCGUUUCAUAUUAGUUGCACAGGAGGCAUAUUUGAAGCCUAUGUGCCCCCCGAAGGUGAUGGAAAAAAGUCGCUCAUUUCGUCCAGUGGUGCCAAGCAGAAGCUAGAGUUCCUAGAAAAGAAAUCAAAGAGCUUAAUGGCGGUACGCAAAAUACGUUCCUAUGAGGAAAGUUUUAGUACAGACGAGUUUGGUGAUCACGCCCAAGAGAUCUAUAUAGCCGCACACACGCACAUGGCGGCCAGAGAGAAGUACAAGAUUCGCGAAUUUGUCUCUGAACGGUGCUAUCCCGAGAUGAUGCACAAUGUCAAGGACAAGACCAUUCAUUGGCGAUUCCUGCAGUCUUUAGAGCCGCCACGUGUAGUGCAUGCCCGCGUCACCGAGGUCAUCACCAAGGAGAAUCAGUUCGCCCAGGUUACUGUGCGUUUUCACACACAGCAGAUGUUAGCCAUUUAUGAUCGUUUUGGACGACUCAUGCAUGGCAGCGAAAUUCUUACCAAAGAUGUACUUGAAUAUGUCGUGUUUGAGAAACAUAUAUCCAACGAAUAUGGAAAGUGGCGGCUCCACGACAAGAUCAUACCUGAUUGGCUGCCGCCGAAACAACCAGCACCGAUUACCUAUCGUCUAAUUGAGGAUGUCAUCGAGGAGACUCCGACUCAGAUAGAAGCUAGCAAGGAUAAAGUGGAACAGAUUGCAGCAACAAGUAUCGACAGCAAUGAUGCUAGCACAAAGUCUUCGUUGGCCAUUUGAUUGUAUUUUUUGUGGGUUGCUUGGCGGCUAAAAAGAUUAAAGGCCGUCGAAGUGGUUCAUUAAUAAUGAAAGAAAUGUUAUUUUUACAAUUCA